AUGUCUUCAACCGAAGAGCUGGACGACCUGGAUACAAGCAGGAAGCAGAUCAAACCAUCCUCCAGACGAAACACAGGAUUCAACUCUUCAUCCUCUUUCUCUUUUAGCGAUGCUACUAAUCUUGAGCCGUACGGUGAUCAGGAUCGCCCCCGUAAGAAAGUCAAGCGCAUCUCUGAAGGAGCAACAAGGGUACAGUGGUCCGAAGACGAAGAAGAAAAUCCCGGUACAGUAGCCUACAACAACUUCAAAGCGAAGCCUAGCGUGACACGAAAAAAAGCUCUUGCUGCUACCAAGAAGGCCAAGGCAAUCGAGGCCGAGAACGAUCCAAAGUCCAGGAAGAAGGAUGAAGGAACCACUGGUGUAGGCAAACAGGCUUCAAAGAAGAGAAGUUCGAAGGGACGUCCAGAGGCUACAUAUGGCGUCGUUCCUUCUGAAGAGGAAGGCCUAGACCAUACCAUGCCUGACUAUAUUCAGGAGCGACGCAAACACUUCGAUGAGAGAGCCGAGAGGCUAAAGGAAUCAGGUCUACAGCUUCCACCCAGCUAUGCCGAUAUAUACUUCUCCGAUGAUGAACGCAUCAAAAUAUUGAAAGAGAGACCGGACCUGCCGAAAAUCACGCCACCAGCACCAUACAAGGACAUCGAGCUCCCAUAUUCCCUAGGUAUCGUACCUGCUCCAAUCGCGCAAUACUUGAGAGACUACCAGGUCAAGGGUGCUGCCUUUCUUCAUGAACUAUUUGUUUACCAGAAAGGAGGAAUCUUGGGGGAUGAUAUGGGUCUUGGCAAGACCAUCCAAGUCAUAGCCUUUCUAACUGCAGCCUAUGGCAAGAGUGGUGAUGAGCGAGACAAGAAAAGAAUGCGGAAGAUGCACAGGAGGCAUCUGUGGUAUCCUAGAACUCUCAUAAUUUGUCCUGGUUCGUUAAUGGCAAACUGGCAAGAUGAGCUCAAUCGCUGGGGAUGGUGGGAGUCAGAACUAUUUCACGGUGAUAAAGCUAGACGCGAAGUCGUGCUACAGCAAGCGAAAGCUGGCAUGCUUGAGAUCAUGAUCACCACCUACACCACAUAUCGCCUAUACCAUGAACAAAUCAACACAGUGCCAUGGGAUUGUGUUAUUGCGGACGAGUGCCAUACCGUCAAGGAAAGACGAGCCACAGUCACCAAAGCUAUGAAUGAGGUCAACUCACUCUGUCGCAUUGGAUUGACUGGAACAGCCAUCCAGAACAAAUAUGAAGAAUUGUGGACCAUACUGAACUGGUCCUCUCCUGGCAGAUUUGGUCCCGUUUCACAGUGGAAACACACUAUUAGUGAGCCUCUCAAAUUGGGCCAAAGCCAUAGUGCCACAAUAUAUGAGCUUGCACGUUCACGAAAGGUAGCUAAGCAGCUGGUCAAUAACCUCUUACCUCAAUUCUUCUUACGGAGGAUGAAGACACUCAUCAAAGAUCAAUUACCUAAAAAGACAGACCGUGUCGUAUUCUGCCCGUUGACGUCUAUACAGGCCGAAGCCUACCAGAAUUUUCUCGACAGUGGUUACGUGCAAACCAUUAAGGACAGCAGCGAAAUGUGUGAUUGCAACAGUGGAAAGAAGGCAGGAUGGUGCUGCCAUGGCGCACUCGAAAAUGGCGACAAAUGGCAAGAAUGGGUGUUCCCAUGUAUAGCCUACCUUCAACGUCUCUCGAAUCAUCUUGCACUCCUGAUUCCCUCAAGCACAGAUGAGAAGAAAAAGCAAUCCAAGGAUACAGAACUGUUACAGACCGCCAUGCCUGACCAGUGGGAAGAACUUGUCGCGACACGAGACAAUAUACUCAACUACAGCAAUCCCGAGUUCUGUGGGAAAUGGCGUGUCUUGAAGAAACUUCUCAAAUUUUGGCACGAACAGGGCGACAAUAAGGUGCUAGUGUUCAGUCAUAGCGUUCGCUUGUUGAAAAUGUUGCAGGCUCUGUUCAUACACACUGACUACAAUGUUUCCUACUUGGACGGAAGCAUGAGUUACGAAGAUCGAUAUGCAGCAGUGAAGGACUUCAACACGGAUUCUACUCAGUUCGUUUUCUUAAUCAGUACCAGGGCGGGCGGUGUUGGCCUUAAUAUUACAAGCGCGAACAAGGUUGUAGUUGUUGACCCGAACUGGAAUCCGAGCUACGAUCUUCAAGCACAAGAUCGUGCCUACAGGAUUGGUCAGACUAGAGAUGUCGAAGUCUUCAGACUUGUGAGUCAAGGAACGCUUGAAGAGAUCGUAUAUGCACGACAGGUCUACAAGCAACAAAUGUCCAAUGUCGGGCUAGCUGCCACCUCGGAACGUCGUUACUUUACCGGAGUUCAAGACCGACCAAGUCAGAAGGGUGAGAUCUUUGGCCUGCAUAAUCUUUUUGCUUUUCAAGACGAGAACGUCGUCUUGAGGGACAUUGUUCACCGAACAAACGUUGCCGAAUCCAAAGCUGAUCUUCAAAUCGCUGAUCUUGACAUCGAGCACGAAGACGCAAGCGAACCGAGCGAUGAGGAUAGUAGUGGCGAUGAUGCGCUAGCUUCAGGAAAGAAAUCUAAUUCACAAAUCAGUGGCAAAGGUAAAGAAGAUGCUGCGAUGAGCCAACUCGCUGCCGAGAUUGUUGGUGAAGUGAAUAGCCGGUCACGAAAUGGAGCGCCUAAUACGGCCAGCUCCUUCACCACGACAACUCCACGUCACGAUCCGGUUCAAGCUAUCCUAAAGUCAGCAGGCGUCAGCUAUACUCAUGAAAAUAGUGAGGUAAUUGGCUCGAGUCGAGUGGAAGCAGCACUCUCUAAGCGAGCAGCUGAAGCUUCUGGUACUCAGCAAGAGUCUCAAGUCUUCAAGAACAUUUCACAGAACCAUAGUGGCGAGCUUGGUGAAUAUCUGACCACAAAAGGUGAGAUUCGCUAUCGCUAUCGCCCACCAGAGGACGUACAAAGGAGACAAUUCUGCGCUAUGGCGCAAUGGGCGGGAUACGGGACUGACGAGGCUGCAGUCAUUGAGUUCGCUUUGGUUGUUGAGAGCUGGACUCAGGCUGAAAGAAGAGCGUUUCUCGAUAAAUGGUAUAGGUGGAGGCGAGAGUGCUUGAUCAAUGACGUGAAAGGAUUGUACGUAAAGAAGGAUCCUGAUGUGAAGUCAGAAUUCAAGAACGAUCCGGAUAUGAAAGUUGAGCACACCCAGGACGAAGACGCCAAGACUGAGUGCAAGGUUGAAGAUAUCAAGAUCAAAUCUGAGAAUGGUAUUGGCGAUCCUGUCAAAACAAAUGCUGGCGCAGAUGUUGUGACAAUUGACUCUGAUGAUGAUGAGUUAUGA